CGGAGAAUUUAUUGAGAGGCUUCCACUCUAUGUGUCAACUAUCAUUGAUAACGAAUUAGCGGAGAAAACUCCAACAGAAAAGAUGAGAAUAACUAGAAGAACGUUGGAAACUCCUAAAAAAGUAAGAUUUAUUCUUAUACCUGUGACUUCUCGAUUGAUUUCUAGGCCAUUAAUUUAA